CCGAUUGGGCGCCGUGGAGAGGAAGCGAGCGUUGACGGUUCAAUAGGGACCAGACGGUGAACAUUGGACUCGCCAGAUAACAUCGAUAGACGCCCAUGGGAAACGAUAUACGGUGCGGUGGUCGGACAGAACGCCCACAAUUCUCCUGUGGAUAACACCGUGGUGCGCAGUUAAGCUCGACCGACUGUUGUCCUUAGAGUUUUAAACAAAUAACUUGAGGAAAGUUGUUUUUUUUUUUUAUUGUGAAGCACGGUUCGUCACCUGGUGAAAAAGAAAAAACACAGCCUUUGACAUGAGCUCGCCGUACGAAGCCUACCCUCCACCCGCUGGAGUGCAACCCUUUCCACAACCAGCACCCGUAGCAGGAGGCCAGGGACAACCACCGCCGCCUUAUUAUCCGUCACCUCCACCGACUUUACCCACCGCCGGGGUGCAGCCUGCUCCCUAUCCACCAGGCUACGGCCCACCACCACAGCCUGUGGUGGUGCAGCCGUCUUACAACCCCACAUACGUGACCGCGCCACCAUCGGCGCCACCCGUCACAGUGAUUGUGCAGCAACAGCCCGGCACAACAACAGCGCCAACGCAGGUUGUUAGGCCACCCCCGCAGCAGCACCAAAGUGGCGGCAGCAGCUGCCAUGGGCAUGGCAGGUGCCGCGGCAGUAGGUAUGAUGGCGGGCGCCGCUGUGGCAGGAGUAGCGGCGGCUGCGCACGGUCACAAGCAGUCACCACCACCACCACGCCCCGCCGCACAUACCGCACCGGCCAGGACUACUGAGCCGAGGGCACCGCGGUCCGGUCAACGUGCACAUUCACCCGCAGCCCACGCACUGGGCGGCCAGGCUCGCCAUGCGAGCGAAGGAGCGACGACAUCACUAACUGCAACCGGCGGGGUCAUGUGGCGGGAUGGUGGUUUAAUCGAACAAAUAGCGGGUUGCCCAACACGUUAGCUAUAUAUGUUGUUUCCCAAUUGAAAAAAAAAACAUGCCACUACAAAUCAUACCACGGGUACAUGACCGGAGCUCACUAUUUGUUACCGGUUGCCUACCAGAUGACGAUACUGUUUUCUGUAAAACGCGGACGAGAAGCUGUGCAGGAUGUGUUUCAAACCAGGCGUUGUUCAAACACUAGCUCAAAACUGACAGUGUGAUGACAGUCACUUCCAAAACUAGGGCACUAGUUUCAGGUGGCUGCGGAAAAAUGUACCGACGGUAAGAAGGUGUUUUCUUAUCAUAGUCACCCUUGAAGUUCCCUCAGAAACUAUAGAGCUAACGGAUUAGCAAGAAUUGAAAAGGUGCCUUUGAUAAGGAGACUUUGAAGUGACAUGUGUGAGGAAUGCAUUAUUUCCAACUGCGUAUUAUUUCGUGGCCACCUGAUUAUUUAUGUCCAGAUGAGAGUGAUAUAUUCGGACAUUUGAUAAUGCAGGGAAGUGAUGCUUAACUUUUUGUACCACGCAAAUUCCAAAAAUCUGUAAAUUACAUGUCAGUGACCUACAGGAGCAGACAAGGUGGGGUGAUUAAAUUAUCCCGCACGUCAAACCUUGGCUAGUGUAGGAAGAACACAGGGCUGAAAUUUCGGUGGCGCUAAAUAUUUGUAGUUCCACGAUUUAUUUUUUUUUCUGCAUAUAACUUCUAUACACUGUCCGAUCAAAAUAAACAUGAGCCGAUAACGUUUGCGCCGCUUUCAAUGACCAGCCUUAGAGAUUAACGAAUUUGUUUGAGAAAGUCCGUUUAAGAUAAGUCCUCGUGUUCGCUCAAUAAGCGAGCAAAAUGGCAUGUGUCUUGCCGGCCUUCGCUAUGACGGUUAUUGAAAGGGAGGACUUGCGUGACAUGAUACGUUAUAAUACCGAGGCCUCUAUGCAUACAAGUGGGGCCUCGACUAUACACCAAGGUACAUAUACACACUCUAUCAAUUGCUGUAUAUCAAUAAAGCUUUUCUGCACGCUGU